UACUCCUACUACCUCACCAUUCCCUACAGCCGCCUUCAGCAACCACUCCGUAUCUUAACCAUCAAUGCUACACAAUUUUCUCUCCACGAUUACUUAGUCCGCCAUUGUCGUUCAAUUACCAUCGGGCCCACCUUGGGGGCAGUGACACGAGCCAACUUCAUCGUCAGAAACCUCCCGCGAUGUCCCAUGAUUACCAUGCUAUUCCAAAACUACGCUCAAGGAUAUCCUUCCUGGCUAUAUAUCCAGAUCCAGGGCCUUUUCACUAACACCCGCAAGGACGCCCACUUGCGGCUGAUAUUCACGUACGAUACAACGGAUAUUGACUAUUCACCUCGUGACCGAUACGCAUACGCCUCUGAGCAGUAUUUCUACCAUCCAGACAAAACUAGGAAACCCUGUCGCUGUCGUCCUUUCACUGGAGUGCGGACGCUUGAGAUGAAAGGGGCGAAUCCUUGUGCUGUCUUCCUGAUUGUAGACGCCUGUCCUGACCUCGAGGUCUUGGAGACGGAUGUUGACAAGAGUAAAAUACAAGCAGGCUUCGAUGUUGCCAAUGCUCGUCCCCCAGCAUCAUGCCCUGAAGAAGCAUAUUUCUUUAGUACGGAUAACCGGCAUUAUCCGACGGAGGAGAUGCGAUGGCCCAACAGAAGGAGGCGCCCUUCUCCAAGGAGAUCAGUACUACAACUGGACGUUCCGAUUUCAGGAGCAGAGGCCUCUUCUUCAACACGGAUUAUCAGGAAGAGAAAAUCUAUCCGGCGUUCUGAGAGCGUUUUGCCACAUAACGGGACCUCACCGUCUGCUGGUGAUGACGUUCAUACAAAGAAGAUCAGCUUUGCCCACCGAAUGCGUGCGUUUCUCAGGAUAUUCUGUUUGGUAAUAUACUUCAGGUUGCUAUUCACAGCGCUAUGUCCCAACUUUGACAGAGCCUUUUAAGGCAGGUGACAUUACGAUACAUCAUAAUAUCGAAUUUAAUCCCCGCU